CAAUGACUGCAUAUAUCGAGAGACUGGAUGAUCAAGACAAAUCCAAGGUCACGGUUAAUUUCAAGGUCAUAUUUAGUUGACUUCUGGGAAAGUUGCCGGUUGCAAGCUCAUCAUUAACAGACUAAUUCAGUUCGCAUCCAAGAUGCCCAUCAAAUCGAUCAAAGCUCGUCAAAUUUUUGACAGCCGUGGUAACCCAACUGUAGAAGUUGAUCUCACCACUGAAAAUGGUUUAUUCCGUGCCGCUGUACCAAGUGGAGCAUCAACUGGUAUUUAUGAAGCGAUUGAAUUACGUGAUAAAGAUCCAAAAGCCUAUCAUGGUAAAGGUGUCUCCAAGGCUGUAGAAAAUGUCAACUCACGAAUUGCUCCAUUAUUGUUAGAAAAGCAACCUGAUAUCAAAGAUCAGGCAGCUGUUGAUCAGUUGAUGUUACAAUUAGACGGAACAGAUAAUAAGGGAACCCUUGGAGCUAACGCUAUCCUUGGAGUGUCACUAGCCGUCUGUAAGGCUGCCGCUAACCACAAGGGUGUCCCACUAUACCGCCAUCUUGCUGACCUGGCUGGUAAUAAACAAGUUAUCCUCCCUGUACCAUCGUUUAACGUCAUCAAUGGAGGAAGUCAUGCUGGUAAUAAACUCGCUAUGCAGGAAUUCAUGAUUCUUCCAUUAGGAGCUAAAUCAUUCACUGAAGCGAUGAGAAUGGGAACAGAAGUUUAUCAUCAUCUUAAAGCUGUCAUCAAGAAAAAAUACGGACAAGAUGCUUGUAAUGUGGGUGAUGAGGGAGGUUUUGCACCAAACAUUCAAGAUAAUAAAGAAGGUUUGGAACUUUUAAAAACAGCCAUUGAGAAUGCUGGAUAUACCGGACGAAUUAAAAUUGCCAUGGAUACAGCAGCUUCUGAAUUUUGUAAAGACAAAAUGUACGAUUUAGACUUCAAAAAUCCUAACUCGGAUAAAUCUCAAUGGUUGACGACUGAUCAGUUGGCAGAUCUUUAUCGUGGUUUUAUUAAAGACUAUCCAAUCGUAUCGAUUGAGGAUCCAUUUGAUCAGGAUGAUUGGGAAGGUUAUAGCAAACUUACAGCUUCUGUUGAUAUACAGAUUAUGGGAGAUGAUUUAUUGGUAACUAACCCAACUCGUGUACAGAAAGGUAUUGAUCUAAAAGCCUGUAAUAGUUUAUUAUUGAAGGUGAAUCAGAUUGGUACAGUUACAGAAGCUAUUCAAGCAUGUAAAAUGGCGCAGGCAGCAGGUUGGUCUGUGAUGGUAUCACAUCGUAGUGGAGAAACAGAAGACUCGUUUAUUGCUGAUCUUGUUGUUGGUUUAUGUACCGGACAGAUUAAAACUGGAGCUCCAUGCCGAUCUGAACGAUUAGCAAAAUACAACCAGUUGUUGCGUAUAGAAGAAGAACUUGGAAGUGAGGCUGUAUACGCUGGAGAAAAAUUCCGCAAUCCUCUCGCAUAAAUUAAUAUCUUUGAUUUAGUAUUAGAGAAUAUCAUUGGCUGUUAAUCAUCUAUAGUGAAUAAUUUUAUUAUGAUUUAAUUUUAGCUUUUCCUAGUUCCUAGUCUUAGGUGAAAUGGGGUACAAAACCUCAUAAAUAUCGAGCUCUAAAUUCAACCUUGAAAUUUUUGAAAUUGGUUUGUUUGAAUGAUUUUGGUUGGUUGACUCUGCGGUUUUAGCUUAUGUCAAGUUUUCUGAUUUCUGUUUUAAGUCUUGAUUCACAAACAGACCUGAACAAGAAACAAGGAGAAAUUAAGUUUUAAAAAAAAAACAGUGCCUGGUCUUAAGUAACAGCUAAGCAUUAAACUAGAUCCUGAUAAUAUUAAUACUAUUGACUAUUAAUGGUGAAAUUAUUUGGAUGUUAUUGAUGUGUCUUUACAAACUAACAUUAUUUGACUCAUGUUACCAGAAACCUUGUUCAUUUAGCGGCUAUUACAAACAAUGAUCUUGUUACAACCUAGUUUUUGUAUGUAAAAAUAAAGUGUGCUCAAUAUUGAUGAUAUCUGAGGAUUUCUCUGCUGAUGGGUAGAGAUGUAAUGUUUCGUAUAUUGAACUCUUUAAUGUUUCUGAUAACAUGGUCCAUAUUUAAUAUCUGUAAAAUUACAAUGUUAUUAAAGUUUGUCUUGUUGGCUUUUUCGUGGUAUUAGCUAGUCUGCUCCUUGUCCUUUUGGUAUAUUAUCAAACCAAUACCCUGUUAUUGGGGCUUCUCAUCCUUGUAUUGUCUAGCCUGGAGUCUGCUAUUAUUUAUCCAUGCUGUAUAAUCCCUGCUUUCUAGAUUAAAGGUUUACUUUAUAGGUAUAGAGAAUUCCUUAUACUAGGUGGUCAAAUUCAGUUUGAACUUGCUUCACUCUGUGUAUUAUGUAGGUGAAACUUGCGUCAUUCUGUAGAUUAUGUAGGUGAAACCUGCCUCAUUUUGUGUAUUACAAAUUAUAUCCAAAUUAUUCUCCUGAGUAAAUACAGUGCAAAAAUUCCACUUAAUUAACUUUUGGAAGUUAAAACAAGAUAUUAUGAAUCAAAAAUUAUGGAUUCAUGAUUAUUGAUGAAAUUUGUUUUUAUAUUUGAACAAUUUUGUAAAUAAAUUGCAGAUAUAUUUGAUUUGUGCCAUAUGUUUAACAAAUUGUUGUUAAAAUUUAUUGUUUCCAAGCUUUGCCAUGUUUGUUUACAAGUUGUGUUUUGUUUAUAUUUUUCCUUGUUGAGAUAACUGAAGGGUGCUAACUCUUAUUCCAUUCCUCAAAUCCGUUCUACACUACAUCACUUCCUGUUCCGGUUUUUAGACACAAAUAGAAAGAACUCCAUCCUUUCCUGUUCCGGUUUUUAGACAACAAAUAGAAAGAACUCCAUCACUUCCUGUUCCGGUUAUUAGACCCAAAUAGAAGAAAAUACUAGAUCAUUGUAUCAUCUGGAAAAUAUCUUUCUCUAGGGUUAGGGUUCGGGUUAGGUUUAUAAAUUACAUGUGUACAAAUUGAAGCUGUUACAACGGUGGAUUGUGGCUAAAUCUAUUCUGAAGGGUUAGGGUUAGAAUUGUGGGUAUAAACAUUGACAGAUAUUUUCCAGAUCGGUCAAGAUCCAGUAGCGUGCAAGAAAAUGAUCUAGCUGCCGUACCAGACUCUUAAAAGUUAAUAAAUGGAACAGACUUAUUUUAGAAUUCAACCAGAUCAUCCAUGGCUACUUCCAGGGGCCUGUUUCACGAAAUUUUAACUAAGAUAAAAUCCAAAUUUUAGUAAUUUGAUUGGAUAAUAUUAGAUUGAUUUUAGUGUUUAGCCAAUCAAAAUUGAAGUAUCUACUAAAAUUUGGAUUUUAUUUUUAGUUAAAAUUUCGUGAAACAGGGCCCAGACCUUAUUUAGUCUGUUAUUAAUCUCAGUCAAGUUAUAAUUUUAGAUAUUUGAGAAAUAGGAUCAGCGUUAGAGCUCAUUCAGUUAUCCAUGCCCAGCAUCAUCCUAGUGCUAUAUUAUGAUGUAACAACCAAUUUCAUUGGUUCAGAUAUACUGUAUUGUAUAACGACUGGUGUUAUUGGUUAGUUUAAUAUGAUUUGUUGAAAUAUUUCCUAGAUUAUUUUGACCAAAUUAGCGAAAGCCAGUGAAGAAAAUUGUGUAUUUAUUUCAAUUUUACAAUUUCUAUCACUUAUGACCCAAUUCCUUGUACCUAGCUAUUAAAAUUAUAAAAUAAAA